CAAUUUUAUCUGCAAAAAACACUGAUAAACCCUAAACCCCCCAAUUGCUUCACCAUGAAUGUACUGCAAUUAACCACAAUUCAAUUUCCUCGAUUAUGGAGAACUCAAUUGAGCAAUUACAACUUAUGUCCAGGUGUUUUCGAAUUAUGCUCCACUCGAAACUCAUGCAAAUUCGUGGUUAAAGCUGGUGAAAACAGAGUACCAAAAUCAACGGAUUUGUUCACACAAAUCAAACAAUUGGAAGCAGAAGAAGACGAAGAAGUGCAUGAUGAUAAUGAUUUGGUUGAUAUUGAUUGGGAUAAAGUGGAAGAUGAGUUUUCCCCAAAGGGUAGAGAUGAAGAAAUGAAUUAUGAUAAAGAUCCUGAGUUUGCUGAAAUUUUGGGAACUUCGUUAGAUGAUCCUGCUAAAGCAAGGUCUAAAAUAGAGGAGAGGAUGAAGAAGAAAAGAGACAAGAUAAUUCAGCGAAAAACGGGUUCAGCGACACCCAUGAAAGUGAUUUUUAACAAAUUUGAGUUCAACAACUCGUAUAUCUGGAUCGAGUUCUACCAUGCUCCUUUGGAUAAAGAUAUUAAGAUGAUAUGCGAUACAAUUCGUUCGUGGCAUAUCGUUGGACGUCUUGGCGGGUGCAAUUCAAUGAAUAUGCAACUAUCACAAUCUACUACAGAUAAGAGACCAAGUUAUGAUGAUAUUCUUGGAGCAAACAUUGAGCCGACUACAUUUUAUAACAUUAGUGAUCUUGAGAUUCAAGACAAUGUAGCACGCGUAUGGGUAGAUAUUGGUACUAGCGAGCCUAUGCUGUUGGACGUAUUGAUAAAUGCAAUGACGCAAAUAAGCUCCGAUCAUGUUGGAAUCAAACAGAUGGUUUUUGGUGGAUCUGAAUAUGAAAACUGGAGUCCAAACUUGACAUCAGAAGAUGAAGGUUACAGUGUUCAUAAAAUAUAGGCGACUUUACUCGCAAUUGUGUUGUCAUUGUGUAUUAAUAUACUAGAUGUAAUAUAAACUUCUUUUUGAUUCAUCAUUUUUAGUCUAA